CUUACAUACAUUUGGGAUGUCGAGGCUAGUCAUUAUACGGGAUAUUGUAGAUUUGCUUACAAGGAUGUCUUUGCAUUCAGGGUAUUCCCAUCCGGUUGUUCGUCAGUGGCAGUCGGUAAGGGCGCAAUUAUCGGCUGAAAAUCUCGUUUAUCCAAUCUUCAUCACUGACGACGCAGAUGCUGUUGAACCAAUUUCGAGUCUACCAGGUCAAGCUAGACAUGGAGUAAACAGAUUAGAAGAAUUAGUGCGACCUCUAGUAGACAAGGGACUGAAAGCCGUAUUGCUGUUUGGAGUGCCUACUAAAGUUGAGAAGGACGAGAGAGGUACACAUGCAGAUUCUGCAACGACACCUGUAAUACUAGCUGUGAAGAAGCUGCGCUCGGCUUUUCCUAGCUUGCUCAUUGUGUGCGAUGUGUGUCUUUGUGCUUACACAUCACAUGGUCAUUGUGGUAUUCUUCAUUUGGAUGGCACCAUAAACAAUCCUGCUAGUAUUCAGCGACUAGCCGAGGUGGCCUUGGCAUAUGCUAAAGCAGGAUGUCACGUCGUUGCACCAUCUGACAUGAUGGAUGGUCGAGUCGGAGCUAUUAAGCAAUCUCUUCGCAAGAACAACUUAGAGAACAAUGUGAGUGUGAUGAGCUAUAGUGCCAAGUUUUCAUCUUGCUUUUAUGGGCCGUUCAGGGAGGCAGCCAAGUCUGCUCCAUCUUUUGGUGAUAGAAGAGCAUACCAGUUACCACCAGGUUCCAGUGGUUUGGCAAUUCGUGCUGUGGAACGCGAUCUCCAGGAAGGAGCAGACAUGGUUAUGGUCAAACCUGGUAUGCCAUAUUUGGACAUUUGCAGGCAAAUCAAAGACAAGUUCUCCCAUAUUCCCUUGGCAAUAUACCAGGUAUCUGGUGAAUUUGCAAUGCUGCAUCACGGUGCUAGUGCUGGAGCUUUCUCAUUGAAAGCUGCAGUAAUGGAGAGUCUUCAAGGCAUGUUGAGAGCAGGAGUCGAUAUUGUCAUAACAUAUUUUACACCACAGCUUCUUGACUGGAUGAGUGAAACGUAGACAGUUAUGAUCAUUUGUGUGUGAUCUCUAUACUUGUGACGGAAUGACGUAUCACGUGAUGAUUGUUGCUGAUUAUUUAAUUAAGAAAUUAAAUAUUGCUUGAUAA